CCGUCAGAGUAGCUGGCGGCAGCGGCGGCUCCCGGAGCUGGGUUGUCAGUCAGUGAGCAGAGGGGGAAGAUGGUUCGUCGGGACCCGUUUUGCUAGGACGAAGGGGGGCGCAGGUGCUGCUACUGCCCGGGAAAAGGGAGAGCCGACGCCUUCGCUGUCGCUUCGAGCCAGACGAGUGAAGUUCUGGGAGUGGAGGUCUGGGAGCCGCUCUGAUUGAAGAUUUAGAACAGAUGUGGAAAGAUGUUCACUUCAGAGAAAGGGGUUGUGGAGGAAUGGUUGUCAGAGUUUAAGACACUACCAGAAGCAUCUUUACCAAAUUAUGCCACAAAUUUGAAAGAUAAGAGUUCUUUAGUUUCAUCUCUUUAUAAAGUUAUCCAGGAGCCACAAAGUGAGUUGCUAGAACCUGUCUGUCACCAGCUCUUUGAAUUCUAUCGCAGUGGAGAGGAACAGUUACUUCGAUUUACACUGCAGUUUCUUCCAGAACUGAUUUGGUGCUACCUUGCCGUCUCAGCCAGCAGAAAUGUGCACAGCAGUGGAUGCAUUGAAGCUCUUCUUCUAGGGGUUUACAAUUUGGAAAUAGUUGACAAACAGGGACAUAGCAAAGUAUUGAGUUUUACGAUUCCAUCUUUAUCCAAGCCAUCUGUAUAUCAUGAACCUUCCAGCAUUGGGUCCAUGGCUCUGACUGAGAGUGCACUAUCCCAGCAUGGUUUGUCAAAAGUUGUAUACAGUGGACCUCACCCCCAAAGGGAGAUGCUGACAGCACAGAAUAGGUUUGAAGUGUUGACAUUCCUUUUGUUGUGUUACAAUGCUGCCUUAACCUAUAUGCCCAGUGUUUCUCUUCAAUCAUUGUGUCAGAUUUGUUCAAGAAUCUGUGUUUGUGGAUAUCCCAGACAACAUGUAAGAAAAUACAAAGGUGUAAGUAGCAGGAUACCAGUUUCUUCAGAAUUCAUGGUGCAGAUGUUAACAGGGAUUUAUUUUGCUUUUUAUAAUGGAGAAUGGGAUCUAGCUGAAAAAGCAUUGGAUGAUAUUAUUUACAGAGCCCAGUUAGAAUUAUAUCCAGAGCCAUUGUUGGUUGCUAAUGCAAUAAAAGCUUCGUUGCCUCAUGGUGCCAUGAAAUCUAGUAAGGAGGGUACAAGGUGUAUUCAAGUUGAAAUCACACCAACUUCCUCUAGAAUAUCAAGAAAUGCAGUAACCAGCAUGUCAAUAAGAGGUCAUCGGUGGAAAAGACAUGGAAAUACAGAAUUAACAGAUCAAGAAGAACUGAUGGAUAUAUCUGAAGUUGACGAGGGAUUUUAUUCCAGGGCUGCAUCUAGUACCAGCCAGUCAGGCUUAUUAAACAAUAGUCACAAUUCUAGUAACAAGACAAGUGUAGGAAAGACUCAGAGACGGUCAGGAGGAAACAAAAUUGGAGGAAAAGAAAAAGAAACCACAGGGGAGUCAUGCAAAGAUCACUUUGCUCGAAAACAAACUCAGAGAGCCCAAAGUGAGAAUCUUGAGCUCCUCUCUUUGAAGAGACUUACGUUAACAACCAGCCAGUCCCUGCCUAAACCUAACAGCCAUGGUUUGGCUAAGACUGCUGCGACUGUAUUUAGUAAAUCCUUUGAGCAAGUCAGUGGUGUCACAGUCCCACAUAACCCAUCAGCUGUUGUUGGCUGUGGGACAGGGACAGAUGCCAACAGGUUUUCCGCUUGUAGUCUCCAAGAAGAAAAGCUUAUUUACGUUUCUGAAAGGACUGAACUUCCAAUGAAGCACCAAUCAGGUCAGCAGAGACCUCCUAGUAUUAGCAUUACGUUGUCCACGGAUUAAUUUGUAAGAGUUUUCUCAUGUGACCAACGAGUCUGGAAUUAUGGCUUUGCUUCUUUAUGAAAGUGCCAGGGUCUUUCAUCACUGCUCCUGACAGAGCCCUCAUGUCUUAAGUUCUGAAGGCUUUAUGAAGGGAAUAAUGUCUAGGUUGCAGUAAAGUUGAAAUAUGGUUUUGUUAUUUCUUGGCUGUGUGGUUUUUUUUCUCCUGUUUGUUUCUGUUGCCCUAGGAUUGUCACUGUGACAAUACAUUUUGGCAGGUGGUCUGAUCAGAUUGGUUACAUCUCAUGUGAGGAUAUGAGUUGUUUUUCCCCCCUAAUAACUCCUAUUUUGGUAGAUGUAAGUUUGGCCUUCAGAAUAAAAGGAAACCUCCAUGUAUGGGAACUAUUUUUAAAGGAUGAAAAGGUGCAACUCCGGGAAUUCUACAUCUGGCUGUUCAGCAAGUCAGUUUGGAAAAACGAGCAUGUGAAAAA